UUGUCACAUAUAUUGACAUUUUGUAUAUUCAGUGAAAGUUUUAUAGUUUUAUUCAUUUUUAAUCACCCAUUGAAUGAUGUCUUGUGUGCGGAUCAACCAAAUGGUGAAGACUUUUACCAAUUGUUGGGCAUUACGAGGGAUGCGGACAAUCGGCUCAUUAGGAAAGCCUUCAAACAGUUGGCGCUCACCACACAUCCCGACAAAAACCCGAAUGAUCCCAAAGCUCACGACAACUUCCUGAAGAUCACCCGCGCAUAUGAAGUGCUUAAGGACGACGAAAUGCGUAAGAAGUACGACAUGUAUGGCGAGGACGGCCUCAAAGACGAGGGCACCGGUAGACCGCAGUACCACUCGUGGAAGUACUACAACGAAGACUUCGGUAUAUAU